AUGUCGACUCCUACAGUUGCGCCACAACCACCCACUGCGGGCCCAUCUGAUGUCUCAAGAGGAGCACGAAGACGGCGGCACCCACGGAAUCGAGGUGGAAACGCAAAUGCCGCCGCACAGCCAGACCAGUCACAGCAAACGCAAACGCAACCAGCACAACCGUCACAACCGUCACAGAGAGGUGGCGGACGGAGUGGCAGAGGACGAGGGCGAGGAGGUCAAACAGAUAGUGCAAGACCCUCACAACCAAACGCUGCCGCUCUUGAAUUCGUACCCUCGUCUGUACAAGAAGCAGCGCACCGAGGAGGAAGAGGUGGGCGUGGAGGUGGGCGGGGUGGCAGAGGAAGAGGUGGCGCAGAGCGUUUCCCACAGCGUAUGGCUGCUGGUGGCCGUCAAUUUGGUGGUCAAUUGACUGGGGAAGACGAUGCAGCUUCAGCCAUAUCAGAAGCCCAAGGAGGAUUACAAGCAGAUGCACCAACCUUUCAGCCUGGCCAACCCAUCGCCCCUCGCAAGUCGCGACCACCGCGUCAAAAGCAGCCGCAAGCCCCCAAAUCGACCGCACCCGAUAUUGCCACUAGAACACACGAGGAUAUUGACAAUGGACACUACGAAUGCGCAAUCUGUACUGAAGAUGUCACAAGGCGCACCAAGGGUGUCUGGUCAUGUAGGACGUGUUGGACUGUUUUUCAUUUGGGGUGUAUCAAGAAGUGGUCAACAAAUGAAGGCUCGGCAGCAGCGCGACAGCAGACGCAAGACGGAGAGACGCCUCCCCCGAGGCAAUGGCGCUGUCCCGGCUGCAAUCUACCAAAGGACACCCUCCCCAAGAACUUCCACUGUUGGUGUGAGAAGGAACUUGACCCGCGAUCAACGCCUGGCCUGCCACCUUUCUCGUGCGAAGAGAAGCCAUGCCCACACAAGAUCUUCGUUACCUGCGAAUGCCAGAGAAUCAAGCAAGAAGCCAAGUGCAAUGCUUCGCGUAACGGUGACGGUAAUCUGAAAAAGGUGCUCAAGUGCGACGAAGAAUGUGCACGAUUGGAGCGUAAUCGUGUUCUGGCACUUGCGCUCAACGUUGAUCCGGAGCACCAAAACGACCAUAUCCCAUAUUCAGAUGCCACACUAAACAUGUACCAGCAGAACGCCACUUGGGCUGUUACACAGGAGAAGCAACUUAGACUGUUUGCUGCCGACCCGGAUCAGAAGCGUCUUCGCUUCAAACCAAUGCCCCGCAACCUGCGCAAGUUUAUUCACUACCUUGCUGAGGAUUUUGGCAUGGACUCCGAGAGCAUGGAUCCGGAGCCGCAUCGACAUGUUGCCAUCUUCAAGACCCCAAAGUUCGUCAUGGCGCCUAUGCGGACACUCGCAGACUGCGCCAGAAGUCGUCAAAUCCAACAGCGUCUUGCCCCUACGCCAGCGCCAGUAACGACUUCGGCCGCUCCUUUGCGUCCUAAGCCCAGUAAUACCAACGGAGAUCCCUACAACGCGUUCAUUAUCCUGAAUCCUCGCUUUGCACUCACCAUUGAAGAGCUCAACCCCAUCAUCAAGAGCGUACUUGCUACAACAUCCUUCAGAUGCGAAUUAGAGGUUACUUUCCUCCCUAGUGAAGCAGUGGCAUUGAAGCCACCUCUAGCAGCUCGUCUUAGCAUCCCAGAACAUGACAUGCAGAAAAUGCUCGAGUCGAUCCAGGCACCGCUGACUCAAGCUAUCACGACGCAAGGUAUCGGCAAAAAUGUUCAGCUCGCACGUCUCGAUUCUUCGCUCAACAUACUCCGUAAGGAAUCUGACGUCGGUCCUGGCUCGGGUUGGAGUCAAGUCGCAGCCUCAAAGGGUGUUCCGCUUCGCCAGAUCCAGAAGACUACAGGAUUCGGUAACAAGGGUGGUUUUGCGGUCCUGAGCUUGAGCAGCAAGAAGAAGAAACAAAAGGAGCCUGUUGAGGAGGUUGCGGAAAAUUGGGAGGAAGCGGAAGAGGAAGAGGAGCAGAAGGAGAAGGUUAGCGGGGCCAACAGUGCUGCAAUGAGUGAAGACGAAGGGGUACCGAAGAAUACAGGAGAAGCUUCGGAUAGUAAGGCAGCCAGCGGCGAGGACGAAGGUGCGUCAAAUGGUGUCUCAGAAGCUUCGAGUAGCAUGCCUGCUAGUGAUGAGAACAGCGUCGCGCCAAAGGACGAUGUUGCGCUCUCUACUAAGCCACUACUUGGACGCUGGUCAGAGCUGGAUGACGAACUAGAUUAG